AUGAAGUUCCGAGCCAUCCUCUUCCUCGCAGCUAGCGCUUUCGCUGCACCUACACCGGAAGCAAUUGCUGAGCCUGCGCCUGCGCCUGCCGAUAUUGGCGCCACAACCAAGGCCCAGCGUCUCCUGUGCUCCGGUCUCUGGACUGGAAAUGACCUGAGCUUCGGAGACCUCAAGUGGGCCAUGGAGAACCGUAGAGACGAGCUGCAGCUCAAGGCCGGAUGGUGGAAUGAGGUCAACACCGCCUGCAAAUCGAGAUGGCAGGAACAUUGCGCAGAAUGGUAUUUGGAUCACUUACAACCACGUACGAAGCAGCCAGGCGAAGACAACUCUGAAGUUCAAUGGUGCAAUCGUCUGUUCGCCGCAGAGCAGCUGGAGACUCAAGUGUGA